ACACAGCUCCAUUAUAAAACACUCUCCAUAAUGCUAUAAACGGCUUAUAAUCCCUUAUCAGAGGAUCACGGUGACACGGGGUUCAAGCUAACAAACUAAACUCAUAUGUUUUAAGUAUUUAAGGAAAUAAAAACAAAGAAACAAGGUAAAUAAGGUAGUGCUCUAUUCCGGAACUCGAGUAUUUGGAGAUUUUGCUUCGAGUCGGACGGUUUUCCGAUCCCCACCGCUCUGGUGUGAUGGCUUCGCUGAGGGCGGCACUAUGCAGACGCUUCCUGCAGCCUCUCUCCUCAUCGUUUGGAUCCUCCCGCUUUGCCAGCUCGUCUUUCAAGGCUGCCGACCUCACCGUAGAGAAGAGCCAUGAUCCGAAGCCCAAGCCAGACCCGUCCACCCUGGUGUUCGGGAAGCAGUUCUCAGACCACAUGCUGACCAUCCACUGGUCAGAAAAAGGAGGAUGGGAAGCCCCUCAGAUCAAACCCUUUCAAAACCUCUCCCUUCACCCGGCAACCUCUGCUCUCCACUACUCAGUGCAGCUGUUUGAGGGGAUGAAGGCGUUCAGAGGUGCAGAUAAUCACAUCCGUCUGUUCAGGCCGAUGUUGAAUAUGGAGCGCAUGUACCGCAGUGCAGAUCGCUGCUGCCUCCCUGCAUUUGACAAGCAAGAGUUGCUGGAGUGCAUUAAGAAACUGAUUGAAGUGGACCAGGAGUGGGUCCCCUACUCCUCAAAUGCCAGUCUGUACAUCCGGCCCACUUACAUUGGAAUGGAGCCAUCUCUGGGCGUGUCUCGGUCAGGCCAGGCCCUGCUGUUCGUCAUCGUGGGGCCGGUUGGGCCGUACUUCGCCACCGGAACCUUUAACCCUGUAUCCCUGCUGGCAGACCCCCGUUAUGUCCGAGCCUGCAGGGGCGGUGUGGGGGCUUACAAGAUGGGAGGUAACUACGGUCCGACCAUUGCGAUCCAGACAGAGGCACUGAGGCAGGGCUGUCAGCAGGUGUUGUGGCUCUAUGGGGAGGAUGAGGAGAUCACUGAGGUCGGCACCAUGAACCUCUUCAUCUACUGGACUACUGAGAAAGGAGAACGAGAGCUGGUCACUCCUCCACUAGACGGCAUCAUUCUCCCAGGAGUCACCAGGCAGUCUCUGCUGGAUCUUGCCAGAGAAUGGGGUGAGUUUAAGGUUACUGAGCGGACUGUGGUUAUGAAAGAGUUCCUGGAAGCUCUGAAAGCUGGUCGGGUGCGAGAGGUGUUUGGAGCAGGAACCGCCUGUGUGGUGUGUCCUGUUGGCAGUCUCCUCUACAAAGGACAGACGUAUCAGAUUCCCACUAUGCAGAAUGGUCCAGAACUUGCCACGAGGUUCUUCAAGGAGCUCACAGACAUACAGUAUGGACGAAUAAAGAGGGACUGGUCCCCAGUCGUCGUCUGAUUGGCCAGUCAGAUUGCCGAACUAGACCUCCUUCUCCCAAUCAACUGUAAGAACCGUAUGUACUGGACCACCUGCCCUUAACCCACUGAUUCACUCCUCCACGCUGGCAGGCUGUGUGCUGCUUACGGCCGUCGUCCCCUAGUUCUGUUUGUCUUGUGUUGUGUGUAGGAACUUUUUUUAAAGGGAUAGAUUUAGUUACUCUAAAGUAGACCGCUUUACUGAACAGUCCGUUGGUAAAAACACCACUAAAACAAUUAUGCAAAGCAGCCGAAAAUGGCCUUAGGUCCAGCACGACUCUAACACACCUCUGUAUGUGUCCUUUAUAGGUGUAUUUUUCUUACUUAUCCACUCAUUUGUCCUUUAUGGUACAGUAGCUGCUUGUGAGCUAGAAUACAAGCACAAUUUUACGUAUAUAGGUGCAAUACGUCUACAUUCAGACAGGUCAGGAAAUCUGUCUGUUCUUUCCCCUGUUGACCAGUUACUGAUGCAGAUGUCUGCUGGGUACUGACAGAACUUGAACUGUUACCUUCCUAACAGGAAAAAAUACCUUGAACAAAGUAGGAAUGAAUGUCAAAUGAGGAACAAAAGUUAUUAAAGUUAUAAAUUAAAGUUAAUUUAUAGUUAUAGUUCAAAAUAAAAGUUGUUAAUUGUAGGUCAGCUAGGGUAGAAAUGUGCUAUUCAAUAGCACAGCCUUUCCUAGCUGUUCUUCCAAGCUGGUUGUUUAUUAGCAGUGGCUAGCUUCAUAUGCCCACACAUCAAACACAUUUCCACAGUGUGGAUGGCUCUAAGGAAGGCUUUAAAACGUGACAAGACUACUUUGUUGUGUUCUGAAUUAGAUGCAGAGAGUGAAAUGCAGUAAUUUUGAAGUUCGCACAACUGCCCUGUCAGUAUGUUACAUGAAGAAAACGAAUGUGAUUUUUCUAACAUGGCCAAGAAACAAAAGUAUGGUACGUAAGUCUAUAUGUAUAUAUAUUUGUACCCGAGUUACUUGGAAAGGAGCACAAAGAAAGAAGCACUGAGGCUGUUUUUAGAGUAAAGUUUGCUUUUAUAAGUGUGUGUUUGGGGUUGAACCUUCAGGUCGGCAGAAUUUUUAUUUUUUUCUUUCUCUCUCUCUAAUACAUAAAACAAAUCUUCAUGAUAUUAGUUAAAUUGUCCUGUCCAUGCUCCGCCCACAGAUGCAUUAUUUUAAUGCUGCAAAAGAACUACAACUACUAUCACAAUACCUACAGUUAGAGACGGUUAUUAAUUCAGCCUAAUGAGAAACUGUAGAACAGACUCAGUUUAU